GUUAAACCAAAAAUCCUCUUCCAAGUUAAAAGUGAUCUGCUGGACUCACUCGAUGUCUGAAGAGUAGAAACAUGUCAGUCCUGCAGGAGAAUUUCAAGCAAACUGAGAUGACAACUAUGACAGAACACGCGUGUCGCAUCAAGGAGAUGCUCAGACAGGGAGUGGAGAAGCCAUACAAAUAUGUCAUCGACGUUUCCUGGGGUGACCCACACAUCACGGGAGUGAAGCCUCUCACUUUUGUCAGACAAGUUCUUGCUGCUUGUUUCUAUCCUCAACUAAUGGACGGCGACAAACUUCCCGUGGAUGUCAAACAGCGUGCACAGAAGCUGCUAAGCUGGUGUGAGGGCAACUCUGUAGGCUCGUAUACAAACACACCUGGUAUCACCGAAAUCAUCCACUGUGUCGCUCACUUCAUCACCCAAAGAGACGGCGGCGUUCCAUCUGACCCAGACAACAUAUGGAUCCAUUCCGGCUCUCAGUGGUCACUCGCGAACAUGCUCAGGAUGUUGGUGAACAGCGAAGGGUCACCCAGGAGUGGCGUGCUGGUGCCAGUGCCGUGCUACAGCACCACCCCCUUGUCUGCGGAGUUUCUCGGGGCCGUGGUGGUCCCUUACUUCCUGGAUGAGGAGCACGGCUGGGAGCUGCAGAUAGAGGAGCUGCAUCGAGCGCUGGAGUCUGCCCAACAAGUCUGCAAACCUGUGGCUUUGUAUGUCAUCAACCCGGGGAAUCCUACAGGUCACAUCCAAAGCAGGGGAUCCAUGCAAGAGGUCAUCAGGUUUGUUUUGGAGAAGAAGCUUUUCCUUCUCGCAGAUGAGGUCUACCAGAACUGCAUCUUUGCAGAAAACACAGAGUUUGUCUCCUAUAAGAAGGUUCUAACCGACAUGGGUCCUUCUUUUUCCGACACUCUUGAACUGGCCUCCUUCCACUCGGCUUCUAAAGGCUUCCUGGGGGAGUGUGGUCUUCGUGGAGGAUAUGUGGAGCUUGUAAACAUUGACCCUCCUGCCAUGAAAUUCAUCCAGGUGCUCUUCAAUACUAGCGGCUGUCCUCCAGUGGCGGGUCAGAUUGCCCUGCAGCUGAUGGCAGACCCGCCUAAGCCUGGAGAGCCCUCCUACCCUCUUUACACUAAUGAGAUCAGACACCUAAGCAGCACCUGGCUUGGUAACGUGAAGAAAGUGGAGAAGGUUCUAAACCAGCUGGAAGGUUUCAACUGCCAGCCCAUAAAAGGAGGAGCAUUUGCUUUCCCCAGAGUGCAUCUAUCAUCAAAAGCCAUCCAGAAAGCCAAGGAAGUAGAGAUGGAACCUGACACGUUCUACUGUGUAAAACUGUUAGAGGACGCCGGCGUGUUAGUUAGUCCAGGAUGUAUGUACGGACAAAAAGAAGGCAUCUAUCAUAUUAGAUUUUGCAUCCUGACCCCUGAAGACACAAUGGAGGAACUUCUGAGACGCCUGAGUGGCUUUCACUUACAGUUCAUGAAGGACUUUUCAUGAAUUUAACAUUUAAAAAAAAAAAAACGAUGUCUGUACACAACAUUAGGUGCACUUGCACAGUCUAGAGCAGGGGUAUUCAUUGUUUUCCAGGCCAAGGACCCCCAAACUAAGGUAGGGAAGGAGCGGGGACCCCCUACUAAUAAAUCUUGUAAAAAAAUUGUUUACAUUGAACUGGCACUAAAA